CAUGUGAGCCAGCAUUGACGACAGGCUCUCGCUGAGAAACAGCCUUAUAUACCAGAGCUAAAAUUAGGGGCGAGUAUUGCUCUACCUCCAUCCUGAACGUGUUUCCUCCGCUUACUACAAUUGGUCCAGCUUUUCAGCGACGAUAUUUAUAAGGUAGGCUCUCCUACCAAUCCAAACUUACUUAUGCGUUUGAAUUACUCUAUGAGAGUGGAGAAACAAGUCGAUCAGAGCAACUACUAGUAUUUCUCCACGGAAUUGAAUUAGACGCACAGAUUACACCUGGCAACUCAAUCUUAACAAAGGAGAAAUUUUUAUUUCUCUUACAACUGCAUUCUUUGGAUAUGGCACUAGCCGCAACUAUUUUGCCGUCAAUCUCUACUUUUGCUGGUCAGAGGGAAAAAUAUUGGGAUAACGUUAAUAGGUGGAAGGGUGACAUUGACAGGACCAUGCAUUCCAGCUGCUCCAUAGUCGACAACACACAGAAAAUGGACAGCAUUGGAAGACCGGAGGAAGAGGAUCUUGACAAGUACUUGGACUUGGAUUUUAUUCUGGCGAAUACCAACGGCGCAGCUACUCCUGUGAGUGCAGUUACGGGCGAGUACAGACUGCCAGAAUCAAACAGUAUGUACAACGAGGGGAUCGCACCAAAUUCUUACCCGAUGCCCGAAAUCAACACUCCUCCUCCACCGUACAGCACCAGCCUCAUGGCGGAACUGCUCAGGUCUGAGGUGGAUAACAGCUAUUGCCAACCGCUCCCUGGCAACAACAUUCAAGGGAGAUUCCUUGUCAGACCCUCCUUCUCAAGUCAGGAAUUUCUGGACAAUAUAAAAACAGAACCCAAUAUGGACGGUUACGGGCCAGUAAUGGGGAUGGUACCUAAAAUCAAGCAAGAGGCGAACGUGUCCUGCAUGAUGUCUUUUGAACAACCGAGAGUUGCACACUCUCCGCAAGCAACGGGGAACAUGACUCCUCCACUGAGUCCAAAUGAUCUCUUGAACUCGGACUGCCAGUCUCAACUGUGCCACACGAUGUCGUUUCCCCAGGGCUACCCCUCUGCUACGGGUUUCCCCCACUCAAACACGCACCCGCAUCAUCCUCCCCCGCCUCAUCAAAUCCAAAUGCCAUACCCAAGCGCGCAUCAUUACAGUAUGUGCGAAGACGGUCUCGGCGCGGCGAUGAACAAUCAAAGAGUUUUGCUAACACCCCCAUCAUCCCCGCUCGACAUCAUGGACGCGAAACCCAAGAGAGGACGACGCACUUGGCCAAGAAAGCGGACAGCGACCCACGUCUGCACUUUCGAAGGAUGCGGCAAAACAUACACCAAGAGUUCGCACUUGAAAGCGCACCACCGGACGCAUACAGGUGAGAAGCCAUACCACUGUAGCUGGGAAGGAUGCGGCUGGAAAUUCGCCCGGUCUGAUGAGUUGACCCGCCAUUUCCGUAAACACACCGGACACCGUCCUUUCCAGUGCCAUCUCUGCGAGCGCGCCUUCUCUAGGUCGGACCACCUUGCAUUGCAUAUGAAAAGGCAUAUGUAAGAGAUGGUCCUGGACCAUCCAACGAACACUUUACACUGAUGCAGGCAUGCAAGAAAGUAUGCUUUUGAAAUUUGCAUUCUUUUUAAACUCAGCAUAUUUAAGGAUUUUCUAGGGAUAAACAAACGUUUGUCAGUAGGCCCACAGACGAACAUGGAUAAACUUGACAUAGUAUUCUAUAGAUCUGAAUUAUGUAGCUGGUACUACGUUUUUAACAAAUUAUAUUUUUAAGACUGUUAGAUGGGCUCUUAUCUGUCAUUAACAGUAGGCUGGACCUAAGUACACAACUGACUGGAAACAUACUGGAACCAUACAGCAAACCUCUAAAGAUUGUGAGCUGUUGCUUUUCACACCAUUGCCUUAUUUUAAACAAUGUAUUUACAUUCAUCGGAGUGCCAAUGCAUUUUUUGGCAAACAUAUAGGCCUAUAUAUAUUUUUGAAAGCUCUCAAUUUUAGAACAGCACAAGAAAUAAGCUUUAAGACAAUGUUUUUCUUAACUAAAACUGCCUUUUGGUCUCAGGCUUGAACUUGGUGUUUCAUGUGUGCCUUGUUUCAAAGAUUGUAAAUCAGGGUCUAUAACUAUGCUUUAACAUGUUUUAUCCAAACUGUUUCAAUUAAAACAUUCCAGACAGCCCCAAGUGUGUCACUGGGGACAAAGUGAAUUGUGCAAAAUUACAAGUUUUUUUAUCUGAUGCCUUUCGACUUGUACAUAAUUUAUACGUUGUAUAUAGUGUAUUUUAUGUACAUAAUAAACUUGAUUGAAAUAUU